UUAAAAUCGUAUAUGAAACAUAACCUUAACCAGACUGCUAACCUUAAGCCUAAACUUAAACUAAUAACAUAAAGCACAUUUUUGUUUUCAUGAAUUUUUACGAUAUAGCCCGUUGACGAUAGCCAAUUUUGACUUUGUGGAUAUGGUAACUAGUGCCAACCCAGAAGGAGUUGCAACAUUUGAAGUAUCAAGAAGAAAGUAUUAAAUCUACCUUGCUGUUUCUAUGUCUCAAGAUGACAAGCGUUGCCCUCCUGAGGAGUUGAAGCGCUGGAGCUCGCCUGGCCUUGAACAUGAAUUCACCAGAGGACAGUUCUUCUUUUUCCACUCAGAAGAACUCAAAUUGGACCAACCACCAAACAUCCACUCCACAGCCAGGACUUAGCCCUGCUAGCCCAGUUCAAACACCUGUUUCAACCAACCCUGCUAGCCUGUCUCAAUCACUAAUUACACCCCAGAAACAGAAGACAGCAGAGAAUGGAACCUCUGAUGCAUCACAGCCACACAGUGAACGGCGCAAGAGGGGGAGGCCACCCAAAGACAAGACACCUCAUACUGUCCCAGAACAUCAGAUCCAGUCCCGUUCAGAUUCAGACCCAUGUUCACAGCGAGAGGAAGAAACUAAUGCUGUCAGAGUGAUACAUCCCCUCUCAUCCAACUCACCUGUGCCUGAGGACCGGUGUCAGUCACCUGAUGCCCUAACAGAGGUUGAGACACAGCCCCUGUCACCCAGCCCACCAGUGCCUGAGGACCGGUGUCAGUCACCUGAUGCCCUAACAGAGGUUGAGACACAGCCCCUGUCACCCAGCCCACCAGUGCCUGAGGACCGGUGUCAGUCACCUGAUGCCCUAACAGAGGUUGAGACACAGCCCCUGUCACCCAGCCCACCAGUGCCUGAGGACCGGUGUCAGUCACCUGAUGCCCUAACAGAGGUUGAGACACAGCCCCUGUCACCCAGCCCACCAGUGGGCUCCUCUGAACUACCUUCCUCCACCAAGGAUUUACAGAGGGUACAUCGUAACGAAGGGUCCCAUCUCUGUAGUCCAUCUGUAGAACAAGGAGAUACAACCAGCCAUAAUGUCCUAAUUGCUAGAGAUCACACAUAUUCACUGACCAGAGAGCUAGAGGCUGAACCAUUUGUUUCACCCCAGAAACAGAGGACCACAGAGAAAGGAACCUCUGAUCAGUCACAGCCACACGGUGAACGGCGCAAGAAGGGGAGGCCACCCAAAGACAAGACACCUCAUACUGUCCCAGGACAUCAGAUCCAGUCCCCUUCAGAUUCAGACCCAAGUUCACAGCCACACGGUGAAUUGCACAAGAGGGGGAGGCCACCCAAAGACAAGACACCUCAUACUGUCCCAGGACAUCAGAUCCAGUCCCCUUCAGAUUCAGACCCAAGUUCACAGCCACACAGUGAACGGCGCAAGAGGGGGAGGCCACCCAAAGACAAGACACCUCAUACUGUCCCAGGACAUCAGAUCCAGUCCCCUUCAGAUUCAGACCCAAGUUCACAGCCACACAGUGAACGGCGCAAGAGGGGGAGGCCACCCAAAGACAAGACACCUCAUACUGUUCCAGGACAUCAGAUCCAGUCCCCUUCAGAUUCAGACCCAUGUUCACAGCGAGAGGAACAAACGGAUGCUGUCACAGUGACACAUCCCCUCUCAUCCAACUCACCUGUGCCUGAGGACCGGUGUCAGUCACCGGUGAGGAAGUAUAUAAAAAAAGCAGAGACCCCUAAGGUAGACCAGUCGCAGGAGACUGACCAGUCGCAGGAGACUGACCAGUCGCAGGAGACUGACCAGUCGCAGGAGACUGACCAGUCGCAGGAGAUUGACCAGUCGCAGGAGACUGACCAGUCGCAGGAGAUCCUGUCCCCUUCUGAUUCAGACCCAAGUUCACAGCCACACAGUGAACGGCGCAAGAGGGGGAGGCCACCCAAAGACAAGACACCUCAUACUGUCCCAGGACAUCAAAUCCAGUCCCGUUCUGAUUCAGACCCAUGUUCACAGCCACACAGUGAACGGCGCAAGAGGGGGAGGCCACCCAAAGGCAAGACACCUCAUACUGUCCCAGGACAUCAAAUCCAGUCCCGUUCUGAUUCAGACCCAUGUUCACAGCCACACAGUGAACGGCGCAAGAGGGGGAGGCCACCCAAAGACAAGACACCUCAUACUGUCCCAGGACAUCAAAUCCAGUCCUGUUCUGAUUCAGACCCAUGUUCACAGCCACACAGUGAACGGCGCAAGAGGGGGAGGCCACCCAAAGACAAGACACCUCAUACUGUCCCAGGACAUCAGACCAAUCAGGCCCUAACAGAUACACACGCAUGUUCACAGCCAGAGGACCAAACAGAGGCUGAGACACAGUGCUUGACAUCCAACUCACCUGCGCCUGGCCUUGAGGACAGGUGUCUGGCACCGGUGACAAAGAGGAAGUAUACAAAAAAAUCAGAGACCCCUAAGGUAGACCAGUCGCAGGAGACCGACCAGUCGCAGGACAGUGAGAAUUUGAGCAAGAGGAAACAUGCAUCUAAAACGUCACAGACCUCCAAGGUAGCUCAAUCACAUGACCAGUCGCAGGAGACUGUGAGGAAGUGGAAACAUACUAGAAACUCACAGAGCCAUAAAGUAGACCAGUCACAGGAAACUGAGGGGAAUAGGGAAAAGACAUCUGAAAUAUCGCUGAAGCGUAAGCUAGAGUCACAAGUGGAGACUGUAAAAAAGAGAAAAUAUACUAAGAAAUCAAAGAGCCAUAAUGUAGUCUCUGCCAACCCCAUCUCACUCCCUGUGCUAUCUACGGACCUCUCCCCCAGCGUUGUCUCUUCCACACACAACCCUCCUGGUGUCCCAAAGAGAAAACAUAGGAAAAAAACACAGAGCCACAGGGUAGACUCUGAGAUCGUCUCUUCAUUCCCUGUUCUAUCUGCAGAACUCUCUUCUGGCCUAAAGAGAAGCCUCUCUCCUACUCUCAGCCCUCCUGGUGUCUCUUCCUCGACAAGCACACCUAAGAGAGUCAGAGGCAGAACUAAGGGGGUCCAGCAACAGAUCUGUCUUAGCUCCACCACAGGCCCCAGAUCCUCCAUAGGAACAGCCAACUCCUUCUCUGUUGCUCCGUCUCCCCUGGCCCCCAGCUCUAAGCCAGACAGCCCUCAGAACGCCUCACCUAUCACCUGGAAGCUGUUCCAUCUAGACAAGAUUCCAGAGCCAGACGGAGCUGUACCCAGCAGUAAACCUUGGGGUAAACCCAGAGGUCGACCAAGGAAGGAACCGGCUGGAGUGAAGAAGCCGGCUGUAGUGAAGCGAGUGAAGAAGCCGGCUGUAGUGAAGGGAGUGAAGAAGCCGGCUGUAGUGAAGAAGCCGGCUGUCGUGAAGGGAGUGAAGAAGCCGGCUGUCGUGAAGGGAGUGAAGAAGCCGGCUGUCGUGAAGGGAGUGAAGAAGCCGGCUGUCGUGAAGGGAGUGAAGAAGCCGGCUGUCGUGAAGGGAGUGAAGAAGCCGGCUGUCGUGAAGGGAGUGAAGAAGCCGGCUGUCGUGAAGGGAGUGAAGAAGCCGGCUGUCGUGAAGGGAGUGAAGAAGCCGGCUGGAGUGAAGAAGCCGGCUGUCGUGAAGGGAGUGAAGAAGCCGGCUGUAGUGAAGGGAGUGAAGAAGCCGGCUGUAGUGAAGGGAGUGAAGAAGCCGGCUGUAGUGAAGGGAGUGAAGAAGCCGGCUGUCGUGAAGGGAGUGAAGAAGCCGGCUGUAGUGGAGAGCGUGAAGAAGCCGGCUGUCGUGGAGAGCGUGAAGGACCCGACUGUCGUGAAGAGCGUGAAGGACCCGACUGUCGUGAAGAGCGUGAAGGACCCGACUGUAGUGAAGAGAGUGAAGACUCCGGCUGUAGGAAAGAGAGUGAAGACUCAGUGUGGUAAGAAGGUGAAGACUGCAGCAGAGGGAGGUUCCCAGACCUGCAGCUCAGAGGAGGGGCCUCCAGCCAAGCACAGACGUAGAAUCAGGAAGGGUCUUACAGCAGAGGGAGUGGAGAGAGUCGGACUGCAGAGUGACGACAGCACCAGCUCUCAGCCAAUCCAAUGCUCCAGACCACGGUUUGAGCUACUGGAGUUGGACUCACCGGACGAAGACACAGGAGAUGCCUCCCUGUCCUCAAACCUGUCCAUCGAACUGAGCCUUCAGGAAGACCACCUGACAUCACUUCCUCUUGAAGAGGAGGAGGAAGAGCAGGAGGAUGAGGAAGAUCUGCCCAGUUUCUUAAAUAACACAAAGCCGCUGUCCAUAACAGAGGGAAUAUGUGUUUGGUGCAAAUUUAGAAACUAUCCUUUCUGGCCGGCAAUGGUGAAAAGUGUGAACCGGAAGAUGAAGAAAGCCAGCAUUGUGUUUAUUGACAACCUGCUGUUUGACAAGAAGAGGAUACGAAAAGGCUUCUCUGUGGCCUUAAAAACAUUGAAGCCUUUUGACUGUGAAGAGGCUGAUCAGCUUGUGUGUAAAGCCAGAGAGAGUUAUGAUGCUGCCAUCAAAUGGUGCCUGGAGCUGAUCGCCGACUAUAGAAUCCGUAUCGGAUGCGGCUUCACCGGUUCCUUCAUUGAAUACUUUUCAGAUGACAUAAGCUGUCCUGUGAGGAGACGUUAUCCUCAGAGUACCUCUGACCUCAACUUCCCCAGUAAGCUGAUGUUGGAGGAGCAGUUUUUAACCUCUGACCUUGGGGAGGAAGAGGAGGAGGGCAGCGGCCGUCAGGAGGAGGAGAGGAGGAGGAGGAGAAGGAGGAAGCUGCUGCCUGACCGCUCCAAGGCAGCACGUAACCGUGCCAAUGAGAAACUGGUGGACUUCAUCGUUAAGCAACGCCGGGUGGAGACACGCCUUCUAGGUGUGAUCGGCGGGCAGCAACAAUCUAAGUGGUUGCGAUGGUUCCUGGCAGCCAGCCGUUCAGUAGUGGACACCUACCUGGAGGAUGAGGAUCAGCUGGACCAGGUGUAUCAGUACCUGAGGGGGGUGUAUGAUACCGCCCCCCUCACCGCCCCCUGCCUGGCUGACGUUGACCGCAUUCGCCUCGUCCUGGACGUCCUCUUACCUGAGGCUAUUAUCUAUGCCAUAGCUGGAGUGGACAAGUUGUCACUGGUGAAGGCAGAGGACAAAUACCUAAAAGGGCCCUGUCUGAGUAAAAGGGAAAGAGAGGAGUUUGAUUGGAUGAUCGAGCAACAGAUGAAGAUGAAAGCAUCGAUCGGUCAGCGUCCUGCGCACUGAACAACACUGCCUACUUGGCUUCCAGCCGGCAGACUUCGGCCGAGAUGAAAUCCAAGGGCUGUAUAGUGCUUUACCUUCAAAUGUCAUUUCUGAUUGAGACGACAUCUGCAGCGUUUUACCGUGAAUGCGAUCUCCACAAAUGCGGCAAUGUUGCAUUUAGUCCCAAAGUUUCCAAAUCACAACAAAACUGUUGAGCAUCCUGGGAAGAAAAAAAGAGCCAUUUAGAACGGUCUCUGAGGACAUUCAACUGCUGUAGUUCAUAGUUCAUACUAGCAGUGGUGUGACUGUGAAUGUGAAACUCCCGAAAGGAGUUACCCUGCGGUCUAGACCAACUACCACAGUAUUUUAUCCAUCAUGGUUGCCCAUUAAGGCUGGAUGACUGUAAAUUCUGUAAAUACUGGUCUAUUUUUAUAUAGAAACGGAAUGUCUUUUUUUUUGUGUGUGUGUGUGUUUUUUUGUAAUAUUUUAAUUCCCCUUCCUGUUUGAAUUCCUGUCUAAUUAUGUGGUCAUGUAAGGCUAGCUUGUCGAUACCUUCAUCUAUACCUAUUCCUUGGUGACAGGCAUGUAAUAUUCUGAAUGUGAAUCAUGUCAGCUCAAUAAAGCUUCCUCGGUCA